AUGGUAAAGAUACAGAUCCUCUCUGACCUGCAUCUGGAGGCUCCAGCGGCAUACGAUGUCUUUGAAAUCACACCAACGGCAGAAUACCUCGCGCUGCUCGGAGACAUUGGCUACAUCAAAGACGCCAGCCUAAUCACAUUCCUUCGAAAACACCUCGCCAAAUUUAAAAUCACGUUCUACGUGCUCGGCAACCACGAGCCAUACCACUCGUCCUACGCGACCUGCAAGCAACACCUUCUCGCCCUCCAGACCGAGACCGCACAACAAGAAAGCACGGGGAAAUUCGUCCUGCUCGACCAAACACGCUACGAUCUCUCGCCAACCGUGUCCAUCCUCGGCUGCACGCUCUUCUCCAACAUCACCGCAGCCCAAAAGGACUAUGUCAGCUUCGGACUCAAUGACUUCUAUCAUAUUGCAGAUUGGACCGUCGAGACGCAUGUGCAGAGGCACGAGUCCGAGCUCCGUUGGCUCAACGCCGAAACGCAGAGGAUCAUGGGUGAACCGGGACGCGACAGGAAGAUCAUUAUCAUGACACACUACUCGCCGACUGUUGAUGCUCGUGCUAUUGAUCCCAAGCACAAGAGCAGUAAUAUCUCAUCUGGUUUCAUGACUGAUCUGUCCUCAGAGGCUUGCUUCUCCUCGGAACGUGUGGCGGUGUGGGCGUUCGGACACACUCAUUUCAACUGUGAUUUUGAACACGAAGCUCAUCAUACCAGAUUCGUUACGAAUCAGCGUGGUUACUACUUCGCACAGUCAGACGGCUUCGAUCCGGCAAAGACGGUUGAGCUUUGA